AUGGGCAACUCGUGGAGUGAAGAUAGACGUCUGAAGUCGACGAUAUCAUACACAACUUUCUACUCUCAAUUUCGACAGAAUGUAGCCAACGUUUCGUUUCAUCAAGACUCGUCAUCAGAUAUGGAACAGAUGGUUCUGACAAUGGUACAGGAAAAUCCAAAACUUUUGAUGUUGCAUGAGAAUGUACCAGUGGCACGUUUGGGACAUCACGAAGUUGAUGCAACUGGGCAGAAUGUACCAGCCACAAUUGAAGAACAUAUUCUUCAAGGACUGUGUAUGAAUCCACUCAGUACAUCGGAUAGCCUUAAUCGUGUUAUACAACAAUUAAUUACACGAUUACAAGACGAUGAGAGUUUGUGGAUCAUUGGAAAAUAUCCACGUGCUGCACAAUUAUUUUCAAGUCAAAUGUACAAUGUAACUACAAGUAUACGAAUGUACCAGUUGCAUCAUCAGUAUUUGCAAGUUGCUACGAUUGUUGGCAAAGUGGCAUUACAUGACACUUUUUAUGACACCAAGUGUAAUCGACUACAAGAGGUUUUUAAUCUUUAUCAAAUGUACCUCGAUAUGACUCAACAUAACCACAAUGGAACUCGGUCAUCAGUACUAUUUGAUCAAAAAUUAACACAAGAAAUGCUCGAUUUAUUAAAGACACAACAGAAACUCGAACGUACGUUAGCACUUCCAACUGGCGUUUUAAUAGGCACUUCACUUAUCAAGACACUUCAGAAUUUAAUGAUGUUGCAUGCUGUGAAUCAACAUGCCCUUCGUUUAGCUGUGGAUUGUGCCGAACAGUUUUCUGUACCCCCUCGACAAUUUUGGUGGAUACUUUUACGUACGUUUAGUCGAACAAACCAAUGGGAAAAUAUUAUGACAUUAAUACAAUUUGGUCGACCACCCAUUGGUUACGUACCUAUUGUUGAAAUGAUGCUAGACAAUCAAAAACAGGAAGAUGUGCUGAAACUUGUUCCGUUUAUACAUGACGAAGAUGAACGAAAUCAAGUGAUCGCACUCUUGGUAAAGGAAGAAGAAGAGACUGAGUAG